AUGAGUCGCCUGCUCGUGGUGUUCAUUCUCACAUGCUGCUACAGUCACGCCACCAGUGAUAGUAUUGUCCCAAUCAAGAAACAAGAAAUGAACUUCACAAACCGUAGUAACGUAAAAUGCUUCCUCAGGGGUAGCAAGACGAUCGUUAACAAAGUAGAAGAAGUAGAAGAGAGAGGGUCUCCUGUCGCAAGUAUCACUGAGCUGGAGACACUUUUGAAGAAGGUUGUUUCUCCUGAGAGAUUCAACACUAUAAUGGCCAAGAAGAAACUCAAGCUUGAAAAUGCAAAGGUUGAGAAGGAGUACACUAAACUUGAAGCCUGGAAAAUUAUUGCAAAAGGACAAAUGAAGCCGGUAGUGAUAAUAGCAGCCAUAUCGCUGCUUGGAGGAUAUCUUGCGUAUCUGGUGAAGGGGUAA